AUGGUGUUUGGGACGGAGUUGAACCCCUGCCGUCCACCGCCGGAUGUGAAAGUGUGCGGCUGCUCGGAAGGAGUUUCCAGUACCAACCCUGGAGACACCUGUACGGCGUGUGCGUGCGCGCCUGACAACACAACCUGGGACUGCUUUGUCUUUCGGCAUGUUUGGCUGGACAUCGACCCAGAGUGGGCAGUUGAGGAAAGUGGAGGGACGUUCUGCGACAUUGAAUGCCUGACCACCGUGGAUAAAGCAGAGAACGCGUUUGACGGCGCACCUGGCACCUUCUGGGAGCCGCUGUACGAACCGACCUGGUACCGGCACUGGGUCAUCCUCGAUCUGCAGCAGGUGUGGAGGAUCUACCUGAUAGGGAUUGCCAAUUAUGGCGACAUCGUGCACGACGUCAUGAGCUUUCUGUUAGAAAGUUCUCCCAGUGCUGCCUAUGUUUGGGAGUUUGCUGACAGUUCUGAUGAGGUGCAGGCAGGACUUACGUCUCUGCAAACCUUUGACGUUUACGCUCAAGCUCAGUUCCUGAAGAUCACUGUGGACACACAUAGCGGGGAGGGACCGAGGAUUCGGGAAAUUUCCCUCUACGGCACAGAUAAACCACCACUAGCCAAGCCGUGUAUUGUGGUCCAUACUGGCUGCGUCUUAAACGAGACAGCUGAACAAAAAGCUCCCCCUGGUGACCAGCAGUGUUAUGUCAUCGCUGGGAUUCAUGAACGGAUUCGCGAUAUGAGCAACGCCUUUCCUGUGCAUCGGACUGGCAACGUCUCUUUCCACGGUGACCUGUCAAUUGAAUGUCUUGAGGAUUAUGAGAUCAGCUUAUACUGGACAUUACGAGGAGUAGGACCGGUAACAUCCGGGCCACCGUUAGACGACAUUUUACCCGAGGGCAUACCAGACAACAACCUACAUUUCACCCUCUCACCACGGACUUUACCACUUGGUUUCUACAUGGUGCAGGACGUAGGAUUUUACACGAUCCGGCUGACUGACACCGUUGGAAGCUGGGAGAAGUUUUCGGAUUGGAGAUUUGAAGUCCUGCCCAGCCCUUCCCCAGGCUCAGCUGACAACAGUACUGCAGAAGGAGACCUUCAGGACCUAUCAGGAUUGUGCACUCUACUCCCGGCCACUGGUACUGCUUUGAUUGACAAGUUCUGCGUAACUUGUCAAGAAUUUGUUGAUCUACUUGGACCACUGGAGACGCAGGUAACGUUUGAGCUGGAACCGUUAGCUGAAAUCGCCAAGGUGACGUUUCCUGGAGACGGACCGCCAACCGUGAACGAAAUCAUCCUAAAUUCGUUCACCGGAUGGGUGAGAUACACAAACCUUUUCGAUCUUUCAUCUGGCAUCGUCAUCUUGCACGUGCGAAUAGGAUCGCCUGAUGGUCGCUUUAUUGAAUUCGAUCUGGAACCUGCACAGUUUCUGGAGUCUAACUUCAACCCGUUCGAAUAUUCCAACAACUCCCGGAUCAUCCGUGCUGACGUCACGGGCCUUCACGUCAAGUGUGGAAACGUCACGAUUCCGGUUUCCGGACUGAGUCAGCCGAACGACAUCUUAACUAGCAGGAAAAACGGAAGUCUUGAAGACUCGAUGUAUGUUUUCAAGACGUCUGAACCGCUUGGUAGUGUGACUCUUUUCCAGUUCCUUGUGAAGAAAAACCAGUCGGCAUUAAGCUUCAGCUUUGACUUCAACAGCACCCUGUUCCCGCAUGGCAUCACCUUGUUUCUCCGCAAGGAGGCACCGCCGACUCCCGAGGACUACAACUGGACCACCACCCUGCCUGUUCCUGAUGAACAGGUAGGGAUGAUGUCCAAUGCCAGCCACAUCCACUGCCGAUGCGACCAUCUGACGAAGUUUAGCGGCUUCGUCGCCCCGAAUCCUCUCAACAUCGCUGCGGCGCUGUCUGCCAACGUUCUAGAGAACCCAGCAGGGCUCAUCCUCGUACUUACUGUGCUCGGCAUGUACUUCAUGGGCGUGUUAUGGGCACGGAAACAGGACAGGAGGGACUUAGCCAAGGUUGGAGUUGGAAUCCUACCCGGACACAGACUGAACCCCAGAAAGGAUUGUCAAUACGUCAUCACUCUUUACACUGGAUUCAAGGGGAAUGCUGGAACAACUGCAGAGGUUACCAUCGUGCUUUACAGCCAAGACAGAGAGAGUCCUCCUUUCAUACUGAGCGACUCGUCAAGAAUAACUUUUGAGAAGGGCAGCGUGGACUCCUUUCUCGUGUCGACAUCAGAGCCACUGGGAGAUCUGACUUACCUACGUGUGUGGCACAACAAUGCAGGGUACAGCCCUGCAUGGUUCCUGAGUCAAAUUGUAGUGACUAACAGAGAAAACAACAAGUCACAGUUUUUUCUGUGCAACAGAUGGUUCGCUACCGACAAGGAUGACGGGAAGGUUUAUCGGCUUCUGCCAGAAUCGGGCCCGGAUGAGAUGAAAGAAUUUCGAAACGUAUUUCUGGCAAAAAGUUCGAGGGACAUGAACGACGGCCACCUGUGGUUCUCCGUGGCGGGCCGCCCGGCACGAAGCCCGUUCACCCGAGUCCAGCGCCUGUCCUGCUGCCUGACGCUGCUCUACAGCACCAUGGUCACCAACAUCAUGUUCUUCGGCCGCGGGGAUGACUUCGACCCGCCGGAACCACUCAGGUUCGCCGGGAUGGAGAUCAAUCCACCCAUGUCGCUACCGCAGAUCAUGAUAGGUCUACAGAGCGCUGCCAUCAUCCUGCCUGUCAACCUGCUCAUCGUGUUCCUCUUCCGAAAUUCUGACUCCAAACCAACAAAGAGAAGGAAAAAAAAGUCGGAGAAUAACGCACCUUUCCACAACCUGGCCAAAUAUUUGCCCGAUAAGAAAGAAAGUUAUAAACCUCGCACAAUUGUCUUAUAUCACUCUGGCGUUGAUACUCCGUCAUUUUGGCACAGGGAGGAAACUGAUUCCAAAUUGAAAAGGCAUUUUGAUUCUGGAUCACCUAGCUAUGUACAACCUACAGGACUGUCCAUUGAUAACACAACGACGGAGAGUAAUACCGAUGACGAUGCAGGGGACUUCGAAGAGAAGGGAAAGUCAAGCAUUCCGUGGUGGGCUGUUUACUUCGGUUGGCUACUUGUCUGGUCCGCGAGCUUCGUGGCUGCGUUCUUCACCGUCCUGUACUCCCUGAGUUUCGGACGUGCAAAGGCGGAGGCGUGGCUCUUCACUUUUCUGACGUCAUUCCUGACCGACCUGUUCCUGGUGCAGCCGUUCAAGCUACUGUUGGUCGCCAUGUUGUUUGCCUUAUUAGUCAAGAAACCUGUUGAAGAGGAUGACCCCCAGCCUGCCCCAUUACAACAUGAUGAAGAAUACCUCCAGGAUAACAGACGGAUGGUGGAAACUCGACAAUGGUCAACCGCAACAGGGUGGAUGCGUUAUAUGUGGGCAGAGAAGGCUGAAACGCGUCACUACAAAGGUGGAAAGGCAUCUGGAAGUGUACAUUCUAACUCGCCACCUGAGGAAUCCGCACUCGCCGAACAACGGACUGAGAGCAAGCAAAAGCGCAGGAGACGUAAACAGAUAGUUGAGGUUUUGAUGUUUGGACUGUUUGUGACCGUGAUUAUGUUGACGUCGUACGGAGAAAGAAGCCCCUUGGCUUUCUACGUGACGAAGGAUGUGCAGGGGCUUAUUCUUGACAGUGGUGACAUCAGUUUCUCAGAGAUCCAAGACAUCCCCUCGUUCUGGACUUGGGUGAUAACCGGGUUGAUCCCUGCCACCCAUGUGUCCCGAUGGUACAACAGUUGGAGCGUCACGGAGACCAUGGUCCUGGAUGACAUGUUAACUCACCCGCUGGGACCAGUGCAGUUGAGACAGGUGCGACUUAAGCCAGGAAAACACUGUGAACCACCUGGAAGAAUGACGACUGUGAUUCCUCGCUGUGUGCCAGUGUAUUCUCUAAAUCUAGCCGACACACAGAACUACACAGAACGGUGGAACUCCACUGCAAAUACCACGGGCGACGCUUUCUGCAUUCCAACAACAGUUUUCUUAAACACAACCGAAUCUCCUGAGGUUUACGACUGUUUGUCAGCAGAAGAUGGGGGACAGGAUCCGUGGAGGUACACGUUUGCCGCAGUUACUGAUGCUUUUCCUUACUUUGGAGAACAUGGCACAUACUUAGCCGGUGGCUACGUCACGUCUUUGGGAAGAACAGAACAAACCAGCUUAGCUCGUGCAGCUUACCUACAGCGACAAGACUGGCUGGACGACAAGACACGGGCAGUUUUCAUAGAACUCACCCUGUACAACCCGCACGUCAACUUGUUUUCCGUGGUUUCCAUGGCAGUAGAGUUCACCAAUCUCGGAGCCACUUACAAGGGGUCAGAGGUCGUGACCUUGCGACUCAUCCAACGUGACGCCAUCUUGCUUCUCGCUCUGAGAGGACUUUUUGCCCUGUUUGUCCUUGUGUAUGCGCUCAAAGAAGGCAAAGCACUCUUCUCACGCCCCCUGGAAUAUCUGAGUGAGUUCUGGAGCUGGGUAGAACUUCUUGUCAUCGCUGUUGGCUUCUCCGCUCUCGGUGUCUACUUCUACACUCAGAGUAUCAUCGACGAAGUCGCAGUACAGCGUGCGGCCGGAAACUCCUCCUUCGAAGGUUACAAAAACGCCGUCAGCUGGUACCAAGUCUACACCUACCUUCUGGGCCUUCUCAUCUGCUGCUCUACGUUCAAGUUCGUCCGGAUCCUCCGCUUCAACUCUCACGUGUACGCCUUGUCCAUGACCUUGAGACGAUCUCUCAAGCCUGUAACACAGUUCAUGUUCACGGCUGGAAUCGUCAUCAUGGCUUUUACCCAGACGGCAAGCUUGAUUUUCGGUGUCAAGCUCAUGGAGUACAAGAACAUAGCAUCUAGUUUACAGAGCCUUCUGUUGAUGAUGUUAGGUAGCUUUGAUUUUGAAACCUUAAGCUACGGACAUUUCAUUCUAGGCCCGUUAAUGUUUUUCAUGUACCAAUGUAUGAUGCAGUUUUUCUUAUUGAGUAUGUUUAUGGCUAUUAUAAUGGACGUUUACGCAGACCAAAACCAAACCACGAACACAGACGAAUUGAACUUUAAUGACGUUAUUAAAGAAUCUGCUACUAAGACUUUCAGAAAAGUAAGAGGUGUUUCUCAGCGUACUUCUCGUGGUAGAAAAAGCGAAACACGAAAAUACGAAGGGAAUAUGCUUUCGCAGAUAGAUCGAGUGGUUGUUGAGCUGGACACCUAUGGUAAGCCUUUUAAGCAAUCGGCUAAGGUACAGAAAGACGCUAAAAUUCCUGCAUGGUCCGACCAGAUUUUUCUGUAA